CUCUCUCUCUCUCCUGCAUCACAUUUCUAAUCCAUUUCUUUAAUUCCCCCCCGAGAACCUAUCCCACCCUGGACUGGAAGGCAAUCGAUUAGCGGUGUCAGUAAAAAGCUCCGCGUCAGAGUCUCGCCAGCUGCUAUAAAAGCCCUGCCCGUGCCUCUGCAUCCUCACAGAAGUCUCUUCACAGCAGCAACUGCACUGCGGUAUCUCUUCUGCUCUCUUCUCUCCUCUCAACGACCAUGAGCUCCAUCGGUUACAACCCCUAUUACCCGGCCACGCAGCGGAGGCGGGUGGUGGUGCGCAGCGGGACGAGCCUUGCUGCGGGAAGCCCCCGUUCUCGUUCCGUCUACCAGAGCUAUGCGUCGCCGGCUCGUGCCCCCGUUAUCUCCUACAGUAGUGCGAUGCAUUACUCCGCUGCCUCACCGGACCUGGACCUGAGCCAGGCUUCUCAGCUGAGCUCUGAGUUCAAAGAGGUGCGGACUCAGGAGAGAGUCCAGCUCCAGGAUCUCAACGACCGCUUCGUGAGCUUCAUCGAACGCGUGCACGGUUUGGAGCUCCAGAACCGUGCCCUGGAGGCCGAGCUGCUCCUGCUCCGUCAGAGGCACUGCGAACCCUCACGUCUCAGGUCGUUUUACGAGCAGGAGGCCAGGGACCUCCGGGCGGCGGUGGAUGAGGCACGUAGGGAGCGCCAGGCUGCUCUUGAAAGGCGGGAUCGUCUGGAGCAAGCCCUCAAGGCUCUGCAGAGUCGUUACGAAGAAGAGGUCCUGUCCCGCGAGAAGGCAGAAGGCCACCUAGUGGAGGCCAGGAAGGGUGUGGACGAGGUGUCGUUGGCCUGCUCCGAGCUCGACAAAAGAGCCGAUAAUCUUCUGGACGAGCUGGCCUUCCUGAAGACUCACGAGGGUGAGAUCGCCGAGCUGCAAGCCCAGGUGCAGUACACCGCGCAGGUAUCGGUGGAGAUGGAGGUGGCCAAACCGGACCUCUCCACGGCGCUCAGAGAAAUCCGAUCUCAGUAUGAGAACCUGGCUCAGCAAAACAUCCACGCGGCUGAAGAGUGGUUCCGUGGAAAGGUGAGCACCAUGGCGGAUGAUACGGCAAAAUACACGGAGAACAUCCGCAGCGUCAAAGACGAGGCAGGAGAGUAUCGCCGCCUGCUGAAAGCUCGAGACCUCGAGAUCGAAGCGUGCCAAGGCCUAAAUCAGUCUCUGGAGAGACAACUGCAGGAGAUGGAGGAUAAACAGAGCGGAGAGAUCGCAAGCAUGCAGGAUACCAUCACUGACUUGGAGAAUGAACUCAGGUCCAUGAAGAAUGAAAUGGCCCACUAUCUCAAAGAGUAUCAAGACCUUCUCAACGUUAAAAUGGCUUUGGACAUUGAGAUUGCUGCUUACAGGAAGCUUCUAGAAGGCGAAGAAACACGCUUCAACGUCGGAGGUAUCGGCGGUAUCUCCAGUGUGUUUUCUCCCUCUAUAGCCGCCACGCCUUCCUUCGGACGUCCCGUGUUCUCCGUGCAUUCCAGCUUGAGCUCUGGCGCCCCCUAUCUAAUGGGAACCAGACUGAUGAGCUACUCUGCCGCAGCAGAUGAGAUCGUAGAAGCCAGCCGGGCACAGGAAGCAGGAGCAAGCCCGGUGAAAGAGGAAGAAGAGGAGGAGGAAGAGGCUGAGAAGGAGGAAGAAGAGGAGAAGGAAGAGGAAGAAGAGGAGGAGGAGGGUGAAAAGGAGGAGGAGGAAGAGGAAGGCGAGAAGGAGGAAGAAGGAGAGGAGGAAGAGAAAGAGGAAGAAGAAGAGGGUGAGGAAGAAGCAGAAAAAGAAGAAGAGGAAAAAGAAGAAGAGGAAAAAGAGGAGGGUGAAGAGGGAGGAGAAGAAGAAGAAGGUGAGGAUGAAGGAAAACAGGAAGAGGAAGGAGAUGCUGAGAAAGAGGAAGAAGGAGGAGAGGGCGAUGAAGCUGAAGAGGAGGAAGCAAAGGAUGACGAUGGAAAAGAAAAAGAGGAAGAACCAAAGAAGGGAGGAGAAGCCGAGAAAAGCAAACCAAAAGAGAAGUGAACAGACAAGACCAAAUCCCCUGGUGCUAGAGGUGAUCAAACCUCAUCUGUGGAUCUCAUACAUGCCGAUAUCUCUGUACCCUACUGCUCAGAUUCAUCUCAAAUUAAAGCAAACCACACUGCACCCAAACAAGAAUAACUUAAUGCUAAUAUAGAGGUUCCCAAAGCUCUGUAUGCAUGAACAUAUAUGCCUUACAUUUGUGCUUGGCAGGGAAUUUUGUUUUUUAUUAAAGAGCAAAAAAAUAUUGCGUUGUGUUGUUCGCCUUGAGUUUGACACUGUGAACUGCCUCUCUGAAUACACAAGUGUGCUUAGUAUUGAAAAUGCCUUAGACCGAUUGUCCGAGCCUCAUUGCCUACUAAUAAAAACUUGACUUAACCCUCUCUA